UCCUCAAAGAAAAUUGCUGGACCUUUUUCCUCGAGAUGGCCCAGAUUCUCUCUCUCUCUCUCUCUCUUCUUUCCUUUAACUAAUGAAGUGAAUCCCAAAAGGUCAGGUACUGUGAUUAUAAAUCAAGAAACUAAUAAGAACAGCGAGUGCUGUUAUUAACUGUUGAGCAAAAGAGUGAGUGAGAGAGAGAAAGAGAAGGUUUCAAGAAAAUAGGAAUUAUCCUUCUCAGGUACUCUUAAUUACAAUUAAGAUUGCCAUUUUCUUUUCACUAAGCACCCACUUCAAAAUCUUCAAAGAUGCAUUAUUAGAACUGGAUAUAUAGAAAAAAAGUGCUAUUUUCUUGAAUCUCUAAAAGAAUACUGUAGCACUACUCUUCUCUAGAGCAAAAAUGCUGCAAAUAAGCUACAUUGUCUUAAUUCUUCUUGUGACCUCGUUUUCUCCACUUGGAUUAGCAAUGCUAAACUUGACAUUUCCAACUCCUCAUCCCAACCCUGAAGAAGUUGUUCAAGAUGUUCAAAGAAGAGUAAAUGCUUCAAUUUCAAGAAGGCAAAUGCUACAGUUUUCUCAAGAAGACCAAUCCCCUUGCCAAACAGGAAACCCUAUAGAUGAUUGUUGGAAAUGUGACCCAGACUGGGCCAACAAUCGCCAAGGGCUAGCCGAUUGUGCUAUAGGUUUUGGCCAAUAUGCAAUGGGAGGCAAAAAUGGUGAGUACUACAUAGUGACUGACUCCUCAGACGACGAUGCUGUUAAUCCAAAACCAGGAACUCUAAGAUAUGCUGUAAUUCAACCAGAGCCUCUAUGGAUUGUGUUUCCUACAAAUAUGCUAAUUCAUCUCUCCCAAGAACUCAUUUUCAACAGCUACAAGACUCUCGAUGGACGUGGGGCUAAUGUGCAUAUAGUGGGUGGUGGGUGCAUUACUUUGCAGUACAUAAGCAAUAUUAUUAUUCACAAUAUACACAUUCACCAUUGUGUUCAGUCAGGUAAUACUAAUGUGCGGUCAAGCCCAACCCACUAUGGGUUCAGAACAAAAUCAGACGGUGAUGGAAUCUCCAUCUUUGGGUCCAAAGACAUAUGGAUUGAUCAUUGCUCACUGUCUCACUGCAAGGAUGGUUUGAUUGAUGCUGUGAUGGGGUCUACAGGAAUAACAAUAUCAAACAACUAUUUUUCACAUCACAAUGAGGUGAUGCUAUUGGGUCACAGUGAUGAUUAUUUGCCAGACUCAGGAAUGCAAGUGACCAUAGCAUUUAACCAUUUUGGAGAGAAAUUGGUGCAGAGAAUGCCUAGAUGCAGAAGAGGGUAUAUUCAUGUGGUCAAUAAUGAUUUUACAAAAUGGGAAAUGUACGCAAUUGGUGGAAGUGGUAAUCCUACAAUUAAUAGCCAAGGCAAUCGGUACACUGCUCCUUCUGAUCCAAAUGCCAAGGAGGUAACAAAGAGAGUGGACACAGCAGACGGGGAUUGGAAAGGAUGGAAUUGGAGAUCAGAAGGAGACAUAAUGGUAAAUGGAGCAUUUUUUGUAGCGUCAGGAGAGGAAUUAGAGGUUAAGUAUGAGAAGGCAUACAGUGUGGAGCCUAAGUCUGCUGUUCUAAUUGAUUUGAUCACCUUCCAUGCUGGUGUUCUUGGAGUUGGUGGCAGGGAAAACACACUUGGAAUGUGGAGCACCGGUGCAAACGGUGGUGAAGCGAGCGGCGAAGAUUCCGGCGAUGAGUUCUUGGAUGACUAUAAUGGAAACAGUCCUCCAUUGUCACCUCCCUCUAUCUACGUUCUUUUCCCCCUUUAUAUUGCAAUUUCUUGCUUGGUAACUGGUCACAUUAUAGGCCUCACAUCAAUGUUAUAGCAAGCAAAUAAGUUGUGAAUUCUAAUUUAAUGUAAUUCACAUCAUCAGCUUCUGCUGGAAAAAGAGAACUGUACAUUAUGUUUUUCACCAA